CUCAGCUGCUGUUUGUAACGGCAUACUAGUGAAGUAAAGGUCUACAAGAUGAACUCGGGCGGUCGCAGACUGAAACAGUGGCUUAUAGAACAGAUAAACAGUAACAUCUAUAAUGGACUGCAGUGGGAGGAUGAGGACCGCACUAUGUUUCGAAUCCCCUGGAAACAUGCGGGAAAACAAGAUUACAAUCAAGAGGUGGAUGCGUCCAUUUUCAAAGCGUGGGCAAUAUUUAAAGGGAAGUUUAAGGAGGGGGAUAAAGCUGAACCAGCGACAUGGAAGACCAGAUUGCGCUGUGCACUCAACAAAAGCCCAGAUUUUGAGGAAGUUACUGACCGAUCCCAGCUUGACAUUUCUGAGCCCUACAAAGUGUACCGGAUUGUGCCAGAGGAGGAACAAAAGUUAGGUAAAGGCACAGUCACCACCGUAAAAGACACCACUGACAUGGACUGCUCACCAGACUUGGAUGAAAUUAUUAAAGAGUCUUCAAAUGAUGAAUACAUGGGCAUCUUGAGAAGUAGUCAUUCUCCCCUGGAUGAACGCAGUAGCAUGCCUUCAGUGCAAGAAUGGUGGCAGCAAGGACCUCUCAAUGCUGCUGUUGUUCAUCAGGAUCCUGCAGGCUCAUUAAAUUCUGCAUUCUCUCAGAUGUUGAUUUCUUUCUACUACGGAGGUCAGAUGGUGGACAACAUGGUGACCACUCAUCCAGAGGGCUGCCGUAUCUCCCCCUGCCUGCCCUCUACGGCUAAUGGCUUCUUGUACGGGUCAGACAGCCUCCAGAACAUUUACUUCCCAUCCAUUGACGGCAUUAAGAAUGAGCGCCAGCGUCACGUCACCCGCAAACUUUUCAGUCACUUGGAGCGCGGCGUACUGCUGCGUGCCAACAGAGAGGGCAUUUUUAUCAAGCGUCUGUGCCAGAGCAGAGUGUUCUGGAUUGGCCAGGAUGCUCGGUACAACCCCUGCAAACUAGAGCGAGAUGCUGUGGUGAAGAUCUUCGAUACAGCCAGAUUCCUACAAGCACUGCAGUUGUAUCAGGAUGGUCAUUAUCAGGCUCCAGAGCCCACUGUCACACUCUGCUUCGGGGAAGAGUUUAACGAUUUCAGCACUGUCAAGAGCAAAUUAAUCAUUGUGGAGAUCACAGCAUGGAACUGUCAGCAGCUUUUGAAUGCAGUGACUGCACGGCGAACCCAGUGCAGUAGUGGGAAUAUGGAAAUCUCAGACAACUUAGUCAGUGAUCAGAUGGCUUGUAUAUAUCAGGACCUGUGCAGCUACCCAGUUCCUCCACGAGCUUCCUGUUUCAGGGACAACUUACAGAUACCAGUCUGAGGCAGAACUGCCAUGUUUUCAAGAUUGAGUCAGUUCACAUGCUGAGCCAAAAUUAUGCUUUUACAUCAAUAUCUCACACAGAAAAAGAAUCGACCAUUAGGCUUCAUGUGUGUUACAGUUCUCUCAGGACAGAAGAAUCAUUUUCUCAGGGAUGAUAUGCAUGUAUUUUAUCUUUGUGUAUAUGUUGUUUACAUUUUUUACUCAUUGAUCAUUCAUCUUAAACAUUUGAGAUUCUGUAGUUUUUUAGUAUGGACUAUGAAGUUGAUAGGUUUUACUAUCCAUAAUUGUUUUAAAUCUUUUUUAACCCAAUAAUUGUUUUGUUUUUUUUAACUUGAAUGUAAUUCUGAGUGUAAUUCUGGAAAUAUAUUUUCAAUAAAAAAUCUAUGAUUAAAUAAAA